CCAGGUUUGAGCCACACAGCAUUUUAUUACGAGAAAUACAUAGUGUCCUUACUGCUGGACUUCAAAAUGAAGGCCUUCCUAGUGGUCUGUUUGCUCUGUAUAAAAUUCCAUGGGAUCUUUGCAGCCACGUUUGUUAACAUCACACCAAGUAUUCCGCCAAACCUGGUUGUACCAGUCACUACCAACAAUGUGUACCUUCAGAAGCCAUUUUGUUACUUUGACAAUGUCACCUGUGGAGCCCAAGGCCCAUGUAUUGUGUGGCUGGCGGCUGCUCUGAGCUCAGCAAUUGGCACAUUUGACAUUGACAAAACUAACCCGAAUCUUAUAAGCCUAACUUCGUACCCAACUACAUUCAAUUCUGACCAGAAAAAUUACUUUGUAACCCAAGUUGGUAGUCAGAAUAAUUUACACUGCACAAACUCUGGUAUUCCUCCUACCUAUUUCCAAGUUGGAGCAAGUGGUGCUUGCACUGUCGCUAACUGCAAUGGUUUGCUGCCUUCAGGCCAGACUAUGAGUUUUAAGUAUUUUCUUGCCAAUUCUUCGAACAGUCUUAUAGCAGAGUCUAAUUGGUCCAACAACAUUACACUCAAUACUCUAAAAGGUCCAGCCAGUCUUGGUAGUGGUUAUGCUGGAAGGUCCGCCGCGAUGGUGGUGAUCACAUCAAUUCUUUGCGUUGCUGCUGCACUGCUUUUGUUCCUGCUGCUCGCUUUCCUCAUAAUGGCCUGUUGCUGCCACAAAGGGAAAACUCAGACAUACAACACCAGGCGUCAACCCUCGCUGAUUGGAUCCCUCCGUAUCCCCAGCUACGACGUGCACAACCUGAAAAAUCCUUCCCCCUAUGACAACACUGCAUACGAGCAUGAAUUGAGGAAGAAGAGGUACACCACAAAUUCCACCCUGCCACAGACAACCACCACAAUCAUCACUACGGUGCAAUCCGACUCUCCGGACAACAUCACCAUUCAGAAAAUGUAAAAAAAAAAAAAAACAACUUUUUUAGGAUAAACUCUUUAAAUUGCAUGGCCCACACUAUAUAAAACCCUAAAAUAAUUUAAUAAAAUGCAAAUGUGGCUAAACAUGGGAGGCAAAGCACAGCAUGAAGGUUUGAUGUCUUGAACUCACUCUUAGAUGUAAUUAAAUAUUUUUAAAAGGUUUUACUAAAUAUUUAGGAAAUACUUCUGAUUUAAAGAUUUAAUUGAUAAUUUUUUAAUAGUACAAUUAUUACUUUAUUUUAUUACUCUACUUUAGUACUACUAAUAUAUUACUGAUAUUAAUAGCAACUUGAUCGUUAUUUGUAAUUUGUAACAAAGUGCAAUACAUAAAUUAUGAAUUUAGGAUAAAUCUGUAAGUACAAAUAUAAUCCAUUAAAAAAAUUGGUUAAAAAUUGCAGUAAUACUUUGAUAAAAAAAAUCAUGAUGUGCUUGAAAUAAAAUCAAGCUAGCAGUAUGAGUUUUAAAUGUUUUCUCUCAAGUCAAUACACGUUUCUCAUUUUUCUGCACUAAACAUCAAAGACUUUCUUUGCUAUUACCAAAGAGUAUAUUAAAGAAAAGGUAUUGGGGCUGAAUAGAAAAACAAUGUACAUAGCAGUAAAUAAAAUAAAGGUUUAUACAGGGGUGGAUAAACUACUUGCUCAUUUAAAAUGUAUUAAAAUGUUAAGUUAAAACUAUAAAGUAGAAUUCAUAUUUUUAUAUAUUCAUGCCAAAUGUAAGUUUAUACUCUAAAAACUUUUUGUUUUGUUGUAUUUACAUAAUGUAACUUGCUGCCUAACCAGUUAUGCUAGUUAUUUAUUUAAUGCUAGUGUCACCUGGUAUUAGCAAAGGAAACAAGCUAGCUUAGUUAAAAAUAGAGUUAAUGUUAGCAAAUUAGUAAAAAAAACAUAACCUCAGUAUACCAAAUUAGCUGUAUUAUUUCAUGUCAUCUGGAAAAGUAAAAUAAUAGUUAUUUAAUGCAUUAUUUUAAAAGAUUUUACUGAGGUAAAUCCUGAGGCAUUCAUCUUCAAGUUCUGCACUGCAGGAUAUGUCUGCUUAUCUGUACCCAUGACUAAAUAAAUAAUGUACUUUGGUCAUUUGCACUGAUUCCAUAUUGAUAACAGACUUAACUCCAGUUGACCAAGUCACAAGUGUAUUAGUUGUAUCAGUAAUGUUGGGUAAAAUAGCCAGGAAAGAACAAGGCUGAAAAUGUUUACUGCACUGCUUUUGACUUUCAGGGUAAUAAGAAAUAAAAACAAAUGUUUUCCAAAACCCAAAA